AUGCUUCAAAACGCUGCAAUCCACCGAGCCAGACAAGUUGACAAUUACAAUAUGACAAUGACAAAUGACAACACAAACGAUGAGAUCUUUGACAGACAUAUUAAUAAUGACAGCCGACAGGCGAAAAACUGGCAACAAAAACACUGUAUCCUCUUCACUGCCAGCAAACAGGGGAUUGAGCGUCUUGAAAUAUUUGAUAACAAAGAUGAUGUUGCAUCUGGUGCUAUUCCCAAAAUUAUCACCCUCGAAAAUUGUAUUAAAAUAACACAUUCUAGUCCAAACACUAUUACAAUACUUACUAAGUCACACACCCAACAAUUAAGCACACAGUCAGAAGCAGAAACAUUAGAAUGGGUAACUGCCCUGCAAUCAGUGGCUUUUAAGGACAAGGAUUCCAGUCCUUUCAGCUGUGACGAAGACAAUGAUCUGUACUGUUCAUCAGGAGAGGGAGUAUUCUCAGUCAAAAUGUGCCCCUCUGAAGCAUCAACUAGAUGUGGUUUUGAACCAAUCAGAUAUCUUCUUCUGCUUACAUCUACUGCCAUAGAAUUAAGAGGUCAAAAUGAUGACAAAGUGUAUGCCACUUGGCCAUACAGGUUUAUUAGACGUUAUGGUUAUAGACAGGGUAAAUUUACUUUUGAAGCAGGGCGAAAAUGUGAUACAGGUGAAGGCAUCUUCCAUUUAGAACACCCAAAUCAAUCAGAAAUCUUCAAGUGCUUGUCUCUAAAAAUGAAGACUAUGAAGCAAAUGAUUGGCAAUGACAAUCUGAACAGUCCUGAACACAGUGAAUUCAAUAUUCAGUCAAGUGCCAAUUUGUUUCCAGGCUCUAGAAGUCCUUUAGUUGCUGCUAGACCUGAUGACUUGAACUUGAGUUCACUAUCAUUCAAGACUACUUCUGUAUCAAGCCAACAAAGUUCAUGCUCAGAAAGAGAUACUGCACCUUUACUGAUGCCUAAACCAGCAUUAAAACCUAAACCACUAAAGCCACCUCGUAAAAUCAUCAAUCUACCUAAGAAACAAGAGAUUCCAAUUUCAAAUGAAGAGACAUCUGAUUUUGCAAGAUUUAAAAAACUUGAUAAUUAUGAACCAAUAGACCAAGGAAAAAGAGAACCCAGUCCUCCUAGCCAGUCAGUGCCAUAUGACAGUGUUGAGGUAAGAUCUGAUGCAUGGAAAACAUUAGGAAUAGAUGAACCUGAACACACUGAGUUCACUCCUAACUUGGGCGAUAAUCCAAACUGUAUAAAACUUAUUUCUCGAUCUCAAGAUAACUUGAAUACCACUGGUCCAGAAUCUUCAAGAAUCAUUCUACUUCCAAGUCCAGUAGUUGAUCCUGAAGAUGAAAAUUAUGACAGAUUGGCAUAUUUUGGUUCAACAAGCAAAUUGAACAAGUCAUCACGAUAUAAAAAGAUAGAAGCAAGACCUACGACUUUGGCUCUUGGUGAACCAAAGAGUAAAGACACUUGGAAUGAUUAUGAUGAGGUUGAAAAUGUUAUGCAGACAGCCAGAUUGGCAGAUGAUUCUCAUUUAGGAUAUGGCAUGAUAAGAAAACCUAACACCCCAGGGCCACAAGUACCAACUGCUGCUCAAGUCCAAGCACUCCAGAACCAAGUUGGCUUGGAAGAUGUGGCACAUAACAUGUGCAAUGGGACCGAUUAUGCUAUCGUUAGCCGUCCAAAAAGAGUAUAA